AUGUUACGUGACUUCCGGCAUCCUUUUGCACCGUCUCUCAUGCUGUUGGCGUCUACGACUACGGACGGUGGUCAGGAUUUGCGAGACGUUCUGGAAGAGCUCGUUACUCGUUUGGAGGGUGCCGUUACGCUGAGACUGGAUGUCCUGUCUGAGGGCCGUAUUCGACGACCUUGCAUCCGUACUGUUAUGCUGAUAGAUGGAUACGAGGCUUUCCGGAGGUUGUAUGUGAUGUUGUCGGUUGAACGGUUUGACUUCUCCGGAAGGUAUUUAAUAGUGUUCAGUGGAGUGGUGGACGAAGGGUUUGCUAGAAGAGUCUUCGGAGAUUUGUGGGAUCUACAGAUUAUCAACACCGUACUAAUUGGAUACGGGGAUAACAGAACGCGCAUGUGGACGUACUUCCCGUACGUUGCUGGACACUGUGCUAUGGUGAACCUAGUUGAGCUGAAAACAUCCGAUCAGUACUUUCCGGAUAAAACGUUGACUUAUCAUGGUUGUCCGUUCAAGGUGGGGUCAUUCGAAACACGUCCCUUCACGAUCAUGGAACGCCCGGAGACAGGUCCGCUCAAAAUGAGCGGCUUCGAGGGAGAUCUGCUGGACACCUUGAAAGAGAAGCUCAACUUCACCGUCCAAAUCUUCGAACCUAAGAAUGGCGAACAGUGGGGCUACGCACUGCCUCGUAACAGCACCGGAAUGAUGCGGAUGAUCCAGGAAGGGGAGGUAGACUUUGGAAUUUCCUGUCUAGGAAUAUCCGUAGCCAGAAGUGCAAUACUGAAAGCUGGAUUGGCACACUACACUACAUCUCUGGUGCUGGCAGUUCCGAAAGGUCGUCCGUACACCGCUUUUGAGAAACUUUUUCGGCCUUUUCAAGCUAACGUAUGGUGGAUCAUUGCCACAGUGAUUUCAGGGGCGGCGUUCAUCAUCACCAGCGUCGAGCUCAGAAGCCUAACCGUUAGGAACUUCGUCUACGGGCAACAGACACGUACUCCGUAUCUGAACCUGAUUCAGGUACUCUUCGGCAUUGCGAUGCAUCUCAUGCCAACUCGAAACUUCGCCCGAACUCUUCUAAUCUUUUGGAUCUACUUCUGUUUCGUGAUGAGAUCACUCUACCAAAGUGCAAUGUUCCGGUAUCUUCAGCAGGAGUUGACGUUUCCUCCCUCGCGGUCCAUGGCCGAAAUCGAUCGAACGGCCGCCCUCUACUACGUCGUUGAAAGUGGCGAACGCUACUAUGAAGCGUUUCCAGAUCGCCUUUUGAGAGUUCGACAUCUCCCUCAGGAGAAGAACAACAUCAUCAACCGGCUGGAGUGGAUGAUCCACCACCCGGGCUCGCCGGACGUGGUUCAGGGCUGCCUGGACCACAUGGCCCAUCACAAUUGGCUGUUUGGCCGGAAGGGUGGCCGCGUGGACAUCUGUCCGGAGUUCAUAUCGACCUUCACGGUUACGAUCUACUACCCGAAGAUGUCGAUGCUGACGCGACAGUUCGACCGCCAGAUACAGUGGAUCCAGGCCUCCGGGCUGAUGAGCUACUGGAUCAACCUGUACGGGGAUUACGAGUUCAAUAGGGUCGAGUCGAAGGGAGGCUCCGAGCCGAGACAGUUGAGCAAUGGGCACCUGGCGGUGAUGUACGAACUGUGCGGUGCGAUGUUUGGGUUUAGCUUGGUGAUCUUUGCGUUGGAGCUGGCUUCCUGGAGGGUUGGUUGGAUGAGAAGUGUUCUGGAACGAUUGAGCGGUAUGGGGGAUUACAGGGAGUGA